AUGAGUGUCAUAAACAGCUAUUUUUACUUCGAAAAUAAAACGAUAACAUGGUUAUCUCAUCAACCCUACGUGCAUCAAUUUAUUCAUGACAAAAUCAGUGGUAGAAUAACAUUAUACUUACUGAUUGUCGGCUUCAUUGCAUUUAUUCAGGAGCUUUACGUCACCAUUGAGAUGAGUCUUUUACAAAAAGAGACUUAUGAUGAACUAAAUCUAGGUAAGAUUGACGAGGGUUUAAAAUUACAUCGAAUGCUGGUUAGUGAAGAAUAUCACAGUCAUGAAUAUUUAGAUGAAAAAAAUAAUAUUGUCAUUGAGGAAUUCGAAGAUUACGAUAAGUUUUUUUCCAAGCCCGUUCAUGUUUCUACCUUAUAUGUGGAUUGUAAUGUUUUCAAAGAAGACAGAAAAGAACCUAUUCUUUCGAAACCGUUGAAAUUCUAUAUUGAAUUUUCUCCAGAAGAUUAUGAAGAGGAAAAAAGACCAGAAUUUGGUUGUUCACUUGGGUUAUUGAGGAAUAAGCUUUAUCAUCUGUUUAAGGAUUCACAAAUUUAUCAUGAUCUAGUUAAUCAAAAGGAGGAACAAUUCACGAUCUCACAAAGUGUAAUGAUUUUCAAUAAAUAUCAUGAAAUACUACCCACAAAUAUUGACUCCGUACAAUUGUGCUUCCUAAAGAUGGAAACUAGAGAUAAAAUAGAGUGUGAGUUUCAUAUCAACAAGAAACCAAAUGUUUAA